CCCGGAAUAGCAGCCCUAUUUACACCUAUUUGGAUCCGGAGCUGUCUGGAUUUGGCUGGACACGGACGCGUCACCUUUUCGACUUCACUCCUGCCUCACUUGCGUUUUCUCAUGGUCGUCCGCUCACAAUCGUCUGCUGCUGGCGUCCUUGCUUUGCUCUCAGAGCCGGAUGCUGUCUUCAAGCAACAUGCUCUCAAGGCACUCAAUCCUUUGGUUCCCCGUUUUUGGGCUGAAAUUUCGGAGCACAUUGCGCUAAUAGAAUCUCUAUAUGAGAGCGACGACCUUCCCAAAGACGCACGCGCCUCCGCCGCCCUCCUUGCCAGCAAAGUAUAUUACUUCCUCGGAGAAUAUGACGAAUCCCUCUCGUUUGCACUCGGUGCUGGAAACAACGCGUUCGAAAGCGAGGCUCGUGCGCAAGGGUCUGAGGAAUACGUUGAGACGGUUGUUUCCAAAGCCAUUGACCGUUACAUACAACUACGCACCGAGGAACAGAGCAAUAGCAAAGCCGGGAAGAUUGAUCCCCGUCUUCAGGAUAUCAUCGAAGGUAUAUUCAGUCGUUGUAUUGAGGAUGGAGAAUACAAACAGGCUAUCGGUAUUGCCCUUGAAUCGCGUCGUCUCGACGUCGUGGAACACAUAUACAAACAUACAAACGAUGUCUCCCUGUUGUCAUAUGCGAUGGAGGCAGCUUUGGAUACUGGAUUUUCGCUGUCGUACCGGGACCAAGUCUUGCGGUUCCUCUUCCCUCUAUUCCCUCAAUCUUCCACCGAUGGAUCCCAUGUACACACCUUGACCCGACUUCUUAUCACUCUUGGUGACUCUGCUUUGACCAUACCGCUUUUCAAGUCAAUGGUACCAUCAAAUAAACUCCUAGCGUACCAGUUGGCUUUCGACCUGGUAGAAGGAGGUGCGCGCGACUAUCUGGAAAGCAUAAGGAGCGACCUUCCUGAGGGCCAAUCAGAAUCAAAGGAGAUUUAUGACAAGAUACGAAGCAUACUAACAGGCCAAGAAUCCGUCAAGAUAUAUCUUGAAUUCUUGAAGCGAAACAACAAGGUGGAUUUGCUGAUAUUGAAGAACACCAAAGAUGUUCUGGAGUCACGGUCUUCGAUAUACCAUACCGCUCUUACCUUGCAGAAUGCAUUCAUGCACGCCGGUACAACGUCAGAUCUUUUCCUGCGGGAGAACUUGGAGUGGCUAGGAUUAGCGUCAAACUGGUCCAAAUUUUCCGCGACGGCAGGUCUUGGUGUCAUCCACAAAGGUUACUUUGAACAGGGAAUGACGAUCCUUGGUCCAUACCUGCCUCAAGGUGGAGGUGAGAGUACCAUGCAGGGAGCUGCGUACUCUGAAGGUGGUGCACUGUAUGCUCUGGGUCUGAUCAGUGCCGGAUGUGGAAGCUCGGUCACCGAUUACCUUCGCGAGACGCUACGCUCCGCUCAGGGUGAAGUUGUGCAACAUGGUGCCGCACUCGGUCUCGGUAUCGCGGCAAUGGGAUCCAAGAACGCGGAGACUUUCGAAGACCUCAAGUCUGUCUUGUUUAUGGAUUCGGCGGUUGCUGGAGAGGCUUCAGGAUAUGCAAUGGGUCUAAUCAUGCUGGGGACGGCAGCUGCGGACCCGGUCUCCGAAAUGCUCACCUACGCCCGGGAGACACAUCAUGAGAAGAUUAUUCGUGGUCUAGCAAUCGGCGUCGCCUUUGUUUACUAUGGUCGUCAGGAAGAAGCUGAUAGUACAAUCAAGUUGCUUCUGGCAGAAAAAGACCCUAUCCUUCGCUACGGAGGAGUAUACACCUUGGCCCUUGCCUACGCCGGAACGGCGAACAAUGACGCGGUUCGCCGUUUGCUUCACAUCGCUGUGUCGGAUGUCUCCGACGAUGUUCGAAGAGCGGCUGUAACUUCCCUCGCAUUCCUAUUAUUCAAAAACCCUAGCCAGGUGCCUCGAAUCGUGCAACUGUUGAGUGAAAGUUACAACCCCCACGUUCGAUGUGGUGCUACUCUCGCAUUGGGAAUUGCUUGUGCGGGAACUGGGCUUCAAGACGCUGUCGAGAUUUUAGAACCCAUGACACGGGAUAGUGUAGAUUUUGUUCGACAGGGCGCAUUCAUUGCUCUGGGCAUGAUCCUUGUAGAGCAGUCGGAUGCGUCGUCGCCAUCUCUUGCGUCCACUCGUUCACUGUACACUAAAGUGGUUUCCGACAAGCACGAGGACCCUGUCGCACGAUUUGGUGCUGCUAUUGGGCAGGGUCUCAUUGACGCUGGUGGUAGGAACGUCACUAUCAGCCUACUGAGUCGUGCUGGAAGCCGAAACACCAAUGCAAUUGUUGGCAUGGUCAUGUUCUGUCAGUUCUGGUACUGGUACCCGUUAGCUCAUUGUGCUUGCUUGGCCUUUGAACCUACUGGUAUUAUUGGUCUCAACGCUGAUCUUAAGGUGCCGAAAUUCGAGUUCGUGUCGAAUGCCCGACCGAGCCUGUUCGCUUAUCCCGCAGCAGCGAAACCGCCUAAGAAAGAGGCGGCGGCUAAAGUUGCGACGGCGGUGCUGUCCACAACCGCAAAAGUGAAGGCACGGGAAAAGAGGAAGGCCGCUGCUGAGGGUGAUGCGAUGGACACUGACGAAACGAAGAAAGAAGGUGAUGGAGAUGUUGAAAUGAAAACAGAGGAUUCGCCAGCCAAAGGCGGCGAUAUCUCUCCUAUCAACGGUUCAAUGUCCAAUCUUGCAGAUGACAGCAAGGCUUCAACGCAACCUACUGUCACGCCUACACCCACUACGAAAUCGCGAAAAUCGGAGCCAUCUUCUGAGAUGCUGCCUAAUUUCUCGCGUGUCACCCCUGCACAACUUUCCUACAUAACAUUCCCAAGCGAUGGGCGAUACCAGCCGGUUAGAGCUGUUUCUUCCAAGACGAUCAAGGCUGGAAAGGGAAGUAAAGUAUCGAGCUCUGGCGUCGGUUCGUAUUCAGGAGGUGGAGGAAUCCUUCUGCUAGCAGAUCUACGGCCUGAUGAGGAGGGCGAAUUCAUUGACUUUGAACCUCCCGUGGAGGCUGCUCCUGCUGAGCCCGUUCCUGCGGUGGGUAACGGUAACGCGGUUGGCGCGGUGCCUACAGGUCGUCAUAUCGCACUAGACGAGAGUGCUCCAGAAGCAGAUCCACCAGAAUCGUUUGAGUAUCCCUUUGACAAUGAUACGUGAGAAUGGAUUGAUCGUAGAAGACAGUAUUUUUAAUCAUCGUGCGCUGUAAUGAGCUUCGUAAAUUAUGUCAGCAG